UCCUUAGUUCCUUUCCCAUUCUUCUCCCAAAUUUCUUAUCUAAUCUAAUAAAAAAAAUUAUAAUUUAAUUUCAAGAUUUUUUUCCUCGAAUCUGUCCAUAACGCGAAACAAUUAUUACUUUCUUGGCUUCAUCAUCUUAUAUUAAACGCUUCCACCUCUCAAUCCACACUUGAUCCCUUAUCUUGUUCCACUUUGGAAAGAAAUUCAUAAGAAAAAGAAAAACAAUGAGCGGUGUUAGUAGCAUCUCAGAAGCUGAACAAGAAGAGUUGCUGGAGAAGUUGGAGGUUUUCAAGGUCAAAGGCAAAGACAAACAAGGACGCAAGAUCCUUCGCAUUAUAGGAAAAUUCUUCCCCGCGCGAUUUGUUAGCGUUGAGGUUCUGAAGAAGUACCUGGAGGAGAGGGUGUUUCCGAAGGUGGGAAAGAGGAAGUUCACGGUGGUUUACGUGCACACUGGGGUUCAGAGGAGCGAGAACUUCCCCGGGAUCUCGGCUCUCCGAUCGAUCCACGACGCCAUUCCGGCGAACGUGAGGGACAAUCUUGAAGCAGUUUAUUUCAUCCAUCCUGGACUCCAGGCCCGCCUUUUUCUCGCUACGUUUGGUCGUUUUCUUUUCAGUUCGGGGGUGUACGGAAAGCUGAGGUAUGUGAGCAGGGUUGAUUACCUGUGGGAGAAUGUAAGGAGGAACGAGGUGGAGAUUCCGGAGUUUGUGUUCGAUCACGAUGAGGAUUUGGAGUACCGUCCGAUGAUGGAUUAUGGUUUGGAGAGUGAUCACGCAAGAGUCUACGGUGUGCCACCCACCAUGGACUCACCGGUGAGCACCUACUCAAUGAGGUGCAUCUCAUAGAAUCUCUCUCUAUCGGAUUCCAUGUUGGGACCUACUUAGUUUCUUUUUCUUUUCUCUGUUUGGGUCUUGAUGGGGACGUUAGUUGGUUAGUGUAUUGAU